AUGCUCCGGAAGCGCGAGCCGCGGGUCCUGUACGAAGGUGACAUUGUGUACCUCCAUUUCCAAGGCGACGGCUACGCGCACUCGGAUGGCUUUGUGGACGAGCGUCUCGGCUGUCUCCGUGCCGACCAAUCGCACGCUGCCACGUUUGAAGGGUGUCUCUUUCGCGUCGUGCCCAAGCUGACGUACGAAGCCGCCAAAGCGCUGCACAAGAUCAAGGACGAGGCGCUCGAUAAGGUUGAGAUCUUGAAGCAGCAGGCGGCCGCCGAGGCUGAGGCCAACGCCGCCGCGAUCCGCCACCUCGAAAGCGACGGCCAAGGCGUCGUGUACGGCCAGAUCAUCCAGCUGCAGCACGUGCUUUCGGGCAAAUUCCUGACGUCCAAAGCCAAGACGCUCGCCGAUGUCGACAAGACGAGCAUGAAGGUCACGCUGCAGGCCGAUGGGUCCACGAAAGCCCACUUUACGCUUCUGCCACGGUACAAGACGCGGUCAAUUGGCAGCAACGUCAUCUUUCACGACUCGGUGUGCUUGGCCCGCGCCAAGUACACGAGUCACGUGUUGCAUCUGAGCGCAGCGCCGUACCCGCGCGACGCGCUCGGCCGAAAAGAGAUCAAUAUGAACUACAAAGAGUCGAUCUUGCAGCUGCAAAAGUACACCGAGUGCACCCCGCCAUCGUCGCGCAGUCUUCAGAUUGGCAAGCUCUACCGACUUUUCCACCUCGAAGGACAGGCGUAUGUGACGUUGUCGGCCAACCCCCAUGCCACGAAAGCGCCGUACCUUCGUCAAAUCGUGCCCGACUCGAACUAUACCGCGCCAUCGAACUUGACGCGCAAGUCGCUCUUCGUGCUCGAGCGCCUCGACCCGAAAGAAGGUGGCGUCGUUGCCGAUUUUGACGACGUGUACCGGUUCCGCCACCUCGCCACAGGGCAAUAUCUCGCACUCUCUGAGGACUGCCGUCACCACGAAGUGCCUCUGGUCGGUGCGAGCGCCGACGAAGGCCGCGCCAACUUUGCUUGCACACCGCACCUCAGCGAGGGCGGGCCCCAUCGGCUGCACAACCCGAACCGCGCCAAAGCCAACCACGCACUCAAGCACAAGGCGAGCUACCAUUUCGUCGCGUCCACGCGGCUCCUCGACGAAGACUGUUUUCGGCUCGUCGAAGCGUCGGCCACCGAGACGUACGAGGCGUACUACCUCUCGAGCGUCGUGCAGCACUUACGUCGGUACCGCGACGAUGUGCAGCUGGCGCUUCAGAAGCGUGCACCAGUGACGCACAUGUAUUUGAGCAACACGCUGAUUGCGCUCCGGAGCUUGAUGACGUUUUUGCAAGACGGGGGCAGUGCCGAGGACGCGGACGGCCGCCCGAUUUUCCAUCGGCAAGAGCAAGUGCGGGAGGCCAAGGUCCUCGACACCCUCUACGAAAUGCUUCGCGUUGUCAAGACCAACCGCAUUGCGAGCCACGACCUCGCGACGGACCCGAUGCUGAAAGUCGUCCUCCGCGUGCACCGACUCGUCAACAAAGUGCUCGUCUCUGCGCUGCAUGGGAACUUGGUCAACAAAACUACUGAGGCGACGCCGGCCACGUACAUGGGCGAGACGCUCGGCCACAUUGGGUCCGAGACCGGCUCCAAGUCGGUGUACCGAUGUCUCUUUCUCAACAACAAGCAGCUCCUCGAGCACUCGGUGGAUCUCUCGCUCGUCACGUCGAGUUGUCGCAACAUUCAAGCCAAAGGGGUCAAGGCCUUUGGGAUAUUGCAUUUUUUGUCGACCAUUUGCGCGUGCGACAAUGUGAAUCUACCUCAAAACCAAGAGCUGAUUGUGCGCGCGCUCUACAGUCUCACGCUGCAGCCCGAGUUGCAAACGACACGCUACAGCAUUCUGAUUGAAGCGGCCGCGUGCCCCAACCCCGUCCGGCCCGUCUCGCCUGCCGUAAAGGACUUUGUCGUGAGCGCACCGAGCGGCGCGAGUAGCUUCGCGCACAACGGACACCCCGUCGGCUACGAAAUGCUCAGCAAAGGCUACGUCAACAUCGUUGUGAGCUGGAAGGCCGCGCUGAACUGGGACUUAAACGCGAGCAGUGGGCUCUUCUUCACGCCCGCCGAGCUCCACUUGACGCCGGUCGUCGACGCCGCCGUGAGCAACGACCUCGCGCAGUACGACCAGCUCGUGAACGCCAGUCAUCGCGAAUGGAUUCUCCUCGAGCACGUGGUGUGGACGCUCCAGCCCGACGACAUGUUCCCACUCCUUUUCAACGGAAAAGUGUGGGCGACCGAGUGGGCUGAGAUCCAAAAGGACCACGAGCGACUCGAAGGCUUCGAGCGCCUCAGAACGCUGGCCAACUACUACAACCUGCAGCUCAUGUUAUUCGCGGAGCUCUUGCGUGGCCACUGCGCGACGUCCCUCGAGAUCUUAUCGGCGCAGUUCAGCUACAACAUGCUGCUCAGCGCCGUGGCCAACCCGGGCUUGCCGCACACGAUCCGCACAUCGUUCAGCACGAUGCUGCAUCUGUGUUGGCUGCGCCGGUUCCCACACGAGCCGCUGCUGCUGCCCCGCUUUGUCUAUGGCUUUGAUGACAUUCCCAAGCUCGACCGUCAAGCGUCGCUGCUCCUCGCGCACUUUGAGCUGCAACCCGGCCAUCCCGCGCUGGCAUCAGACGACGCCUUCAUUGCGUAUCCGUACGCAGACAAGUUUGCCUUCGUGCAAGGUGUCGUGCAUGAGUCCAUGAUGCUCAUGGCCAAAGACAAGCUCGUGCUGAGCUUGGUCGACGCCAACGUGUUUUUGAGUGCGCAGCUCGUCAUCGUCGAUUGGCUCGUUCGCUGCGGGUUUUACCCCGAUAUGGAGGCCAUCGAGCGACUUUUGACGCCGCUGCUCCUGCUACUCGACGGGCGCAACACCGUCUACAGUCCGUCGGCGCUUGCCCUCGUCAACAGCUCGCAGGCAACGCUCGACGAUACGAUGCGCUACACCCGCAACAAGCUCAACGAUGCAUUGACCAAGUGCAAAAUGCAAAUCUGCGACAUUUUGCAGACCAUAAACGUGGUGUGGCGCAACUACGAAGUGCUCGCGCUGCUCUCGCACUUCAAGUACGUUGGGUUUCAAGAUACGGCGACCGCCGCCGCCAACGACAUCGAAGACGACGAGGACCUCGACACCUCGCCACGCCGCGUAAAAAAAAAGCCCGGAAAACGCCAGAAGGACGAGUCCACGCGGCUCCUCGCGCCACCCAAGAAGCACAAUACGUUCUUGCAGCUCUUCGCGAAAGGCAGUCUUGACAUGCGGUCGAUUGCGAAGCUGCCAUUGGCGACUAUCUGCAUGGACUUGAUGAUGUACGAAGACGACACGCUCGUCCAUGCGGCGCUCGCCCUCAUGCUACAGCUGCACACGCGCCAGGACCAAGUGCUCUCGUACCUUAAGCAAUGCAUCCUCGUGCGGCCGUCGGUGGCGACGGCGCGGAUUGCAUCCAGCACGAUUUCAAGUGCUCAAGUGCUCAAGGAAAUGGAGUACAUGGGCCCGUUGCUGCGACAUUACAUGACGUCGUUCGCGUCACCGUCGCUCUGCGAUCAAAUGGUGGACGUCAACAAGGUGCCGCUGGGCUAUGCGGGCGUCGCCCACCUCUUGAUGGAGAUUCUGCGCAAACUGCAAGAAUUUUGCGUCGACAAGCUCAGCGGGUCCGAGGUGCGCGAGCCAAAUCUAGAAAAGCAGACCAUUUUGCUUCAGCUUCACACGCAUCUGGACGUGAUGCAGCUGCUUCGCAUGCCGACGACGUUCAUCGAGCCGCGCUACAAAGCCAAUUUGCUGGCGGUGAAAGCCGAGUGCUGUCUCUUCUUCCAGCGGCUCAUGGCCCGCAACCCGAUGGGCCAGCGCCUCGAGCUCCAAAACAUUGGCGACGUACUCAUUGCGAUCUUCGUCGACAACCGCGACUUGUGCUCGAGCAUUCCGGAAGAAGCGAUCUGGACCACGACGAAGCUCCUCAACGACCUCGUCGCGCAGCUCGUCGCCGGCGCUGAUGAUGGGUUUCGCACCAUUUGCACCAUCUUGAAUUUCUUUACGCACUACAUGAUCCCGGAUCAAGUGCCCAUGAAGUCCAACCAGGUCCAUCUCUUCUCGGUGCUGUCGCACCCACAGUUUGAGCACACGAUUCUGCCGUUCGGACGCGGCAUUGACUCGCACAUGGAGGUUGGGUCCGUCGAUCUCAUGACGACCGACGGGUACCUCUCGCUGCUCGACCUUGUGCGCAACCCAAACGCCGGUGCGCAACUGAUCUACUUUCAAAAGUCGCUCGAGCUCCUCGCCUGCGUGUGCCGCGGCAAGACAUACAAGACCGAAGUCGAGUGCCAGCAGCUGUACCCACUCAACUUUAUUUUGACGCUGCUUCUGGACGACGAAAUGCCGCUGCCGCUCAAAGUCGUCGCCGGCAAGUUCCUCGCCGAGGUGUUUUUGGACACGGACUUGGACGUGGACCCGAAAAUCGGCGUCCUUCCCGCCAUGUGGAGCGUCCUCUUGCACUGCUCGACGCAGAUCGCAUCCUACAACGCGUUCUUGUACAAGGACCACGCGCCAUCCGGUGGUGACUCUUCAGUCACGUUCGACGAGCUCUCGCGCUACGUCUUUGAGGGAAAUUUGAGCAUCGUCACGGCCUUCUUUAGCUGCGUCUAUAAUCCCAAGGCCGACGAUCUCGACGACAACACGGUGCACAUUGUCCAAGCGCUCAAGUCGGACAUUCGGUCGCUCAAGAAACGUGGCAAGCUUGACCCUGCCCAGCACGAGAUUUGCGACUAUUGUGCCAUCGCGCUCGGCUUACCGAUCGAGAAGAAGCCGGUGCUGCCGCCGCUGCGCUGCACGCCGGCCAAUACGUCAAUUCGACACCGCAAUGCGAUCGUGGGAACGCGCCCCAAUGCGACGCUCGUCGAAACCGUCGCGACUGCGAGCUCGUUCGACCAGUUCAAGUGGUCGCUCCUCGAGGCAUCCGACAUUGCCACAAGCGUCCACGCCGAGCUUCAAGAGCUCGUCGACGCCAUGGAAACCAUCGAAGCGAUGACCGACAAGUGUCGCCCGGACGCCGGCGCCGACCGCGCCAACACGAUCACCAAGCAGCUCUUGGCAUCGCGCAUUAUGAAGUUCAUCGCUGACAACCCUACCUCGAGCUGUGUCAUCCGUACGCUCGAGAUGCUCAUCCGGACGAUUUCGUCCAAAGCGCUGUCCGAGGACGCCAAGCUGCGGCUCCAACGUGCCGAGAUCGAAGAGGCCCAAGAAACGUACCAAAAUACACAGACGUUUAUGGCCACGUGCGGCGCGGCGCGGCUCGUCUUGACCUUGAUUGCCAAUGCGUACAACCCGGGCACGAUGCUCAAAGCUAUUGAAUUCGGCAUCAGCCUCGUCGGCGGUGGCAAUGCAGCCGUGCAAGCCAUGCUGUACGAGAGCAUGCAGGCCAGUGACGAGCGAUUCUUUGUGCAAAUCGACCGCAUUCUGCAAGCUGCGAUCGAAAAGGUCAAAGAGACACGGCGCACGAUCAAGUACAUAGCCGAGUCCCGCGUCGCCGUAUCGACGCCGUCCGCAGACGACAGCUCCACCGAGUGCAGCAGGGCCACGGACAACGUCUUGGCGUUCACACACUCGGACGCCAACGUGGUCAUCUCGGGCGACCUGCUUAUCCACUUUCUUUCAAUGCUGGCCGAAGGCCACAACCUCCAAAUGCAGCUCGUCAUGCUCGACCAAUCGCAUGUUGGCAACCUCGUGAGCGUCAAUUUGCUCCAAACGGUCACGUCGUACCUUGCGAUCCUUGUCAAGGACGAAGCGCAGCUUCAGCACAUGAGUGCGGACGACUGCCGGUCCCUUAACGCGUGCUGGCUUUUCUUGACCGAGUACAUGCAAGGCCCAUGCAGCGCGAUCCAAGAGUACCUCACGGGCUCCGUCAUGGUCGAGAUCUUCCGCAAGACACUUAAAGCACACAUCAAUGUGCUGGAUGCCUCCGACGACGCGAGCCGCGACCUUCCGACCGCCGACGCUGUCAAGAAGCUCAAAUCCAACGCCGUCAAGACGAUGGUGAGUCUCCUCGAAGGCCGCAGCGACGACCGAGUGGAGGCGCGUCUGCGAAGUACGUUGGAGCUCAAGGCCAUCAAGAACCGACUCCUCGAGCUCUACGAGCAAUACCAUGCGGAGAAGGACCAGCACAAGGGGGAGAUGGCGUGGCACCAAGAGUUUUUGGACGAAGGCGUCAACCUCUUUACGCUUGCCAUGUGCGUCUUUCGGCCGUCGGGGGAGGUCAAGGCCGACGACGACACGCUCGUGCCCGAGUCGACCAAGACGUCCAAGGCGCCACGCCGCGGCGACUAUGCCAGCGAGGCGGCGUUCAAGGCUGCCAAGGCCAACUGGCGGCACAAGUCGAUGUAUGCCAAGGCGUACAAGUUCUUUGACGACCUCCACUGCACGAUCGAAGUGUGGUGGGGUACGGACGAGCCGCGCCUCGAUACAGUGCAUUUUCCACUGCAUUCGCACUGCCGCAUGUUCGCGUUCCUCGGUCAUAAGAAGGAGCGUCUCCUCAACGACUUUGAUUACAAGUCGAACGAACGCCUGAAGCAAUUUGUGCAAGCUGCGCGUGGCCUCGACGAGGAGAUGCAGCACAUUGAGAUGCUCAGUCGCUUCCUCUUGUACAACCUCAUACGACCGUACAUCCCACUCUUCAAGACGCUCAGUUUUAUCCUGGCCAUCUUUAUGAACCUCAUCAUGCUGGUCGCCCUCAAGCACAACGACGAGAGCACGGACCGCCACUUUGAGCCGAAUGGGCUCCAGCAGCCGAUGCAAUACUUUGGCAUGCUCCAGAUCUUCCUCUCGACCGCCGUGUUUAUGCUCGUGAUUAGCGUCCCGCUGGUCUUUCGCGCGCGCCGCAAUGCGCAGAUCAAGAACUCGCUCGACUCGUACAACGCGAGCAAGAAGCAACGCAAGCUCGAGAGCCUCGAAUUUGACCUCGCCGAUCUGAAAGCAAUCCACCUCCAGAUCGACGAAGUCGGAAAGCAUCUGAAGAGCGGUCUCGUCGGGCUCACGUCCACGGCCAAAGGCUUCGUCGAGUCCGUCGUCCAGAUUUAUCACUCGUACCUUCCGCUGCUGCGCAUGAUCCUACUCGUCUUCCUCCUGCAACUGACGCUGCUGCAAGCCUUUCCCGAUUUUCCCACCGAAGUGCCCUUCAUCGUUCUCUUCUUGCCGUUCGUGCGUGACACGCGCAACUACCUCGAAACGAGCUGCUCGUGGUUUGGUCUGGUCUACACGCUUGUCUAUGACGUCAUCUUUGACAAGCACACGGCGUUCUACACCGUGUACCUCGCCACCGCGUGCUGUGCCACCUUGUACCACCCGAUCUUUUAUGGCUACCACUUGCUGGAUCUGGUCAUCAUGAGCCCGUCGCUCCAGAAUGUGGUGCGCGCCGUGACCAAACCCGGGCGGGCGCUCGCGCUCACGUGUCUCCUCGGCCUCUUUAUCGACCACGUUCCGUACUGCUCGACGAUGAUGGACUGCUUCCUCUUCUUCGUGCACCGGGGUCUCUUGAGCGGCGGUGGCAUUGGCGACUACCUCACCAACGGUCUCAACCACCCGCCCAACUACUUUAACCGGAGCAUGUACUGGGCGCGCGUCUUCUUCGACUUGAGCUUUUUUGUGCUCGUGAUUGUGCUCCUCCUCAACAUUGUGUUUGGUAUAACGAUCGACACGUUUGGCGAGCUUCGCACCGAAGCCAACGAGAAGGAGCGGCUCAUGAAGAACCAAUGCUUCAUUUGCGGCCUCUCGCGCGAUGUCUUUGACACUCAUUACACCGAACAAGGCACCUCGGACGGCUUUGCCAAGCACAUUGCGUCCGAGCACAACAUGUGGAACUACCUCUACUUUAUCGUGCACCUGCGCGCCAAAGACCUCACCGACUGCACGGGGCCCGAGGCCUAUGUCAAGACACUCCUCGAGAAGGACGACCACUCGUGGUUCCCUCAAGGCAUGGCGCAGUGCCUCACGCGAGCCAACGUGGCGUCCACGGAGCGCGACCUGAGCGACAUCAAGGGCCAGCUCAAGGCGCUGAGUGCGCAGAUGGACCACAUUGCGUCCGUGGCCACCGAAUGUGCUUAG